ACACGCAUCAUAUAUGAAAGCAACCUUUUCUGGUAUAAAAAGCCCUCGCCGAGGUCCUCAGAUGUGUAUUGUGACUUUAGGACAUCGUCGUCGAUACACAAGAUGAAUAAGACGAUUCUAUCAGUCGUAGUUGGCGUUGUGUUCUUCUUGGCUCUUUCACAUUCGAAUGCAAACGUGUGCACGAUUUCGGAAAAUAACUUAAAUGUUUAUCGAAAAACAUCAAAUAAGGAAUUGGUGACGAUUUCAAACGAGACCGAUCAAUGCAGAUAUAAUCCUAUAGACAACUAUUACAUUAGAGACACGUACAGGACUAGAAAUUUGAACAUAAGAUCCGAGAGACGUACGAUUCGCGUGGAUGGGAAAGAACAAGAACGUAGAGUUUGGGUUAGAAUUGACGAUAUCAGAAAGGGCAGGUUGACAAGAUCGGAAUCAUUGCCAAACAUCCGUCGUGAACAAGUUCGGAAUGCAAGAGAGAGAGACAUUGACUUAAGAGGUACUCACCAAAGAGCUUUAGAACGGAACAGCAGAAAUGUCUUAGAAAAUCGUUCCGAUGAAAGAAUUUUUAGACGUAAAGUAAGAGAUAGGCAAUACGAUGUGCCAACAAACAGAGAUAAUAUAGACAGAAGAAGCCGGACACGGAACACCAGACAGAAUGAUAUGGUUGCUAUUAAAGACAAAGAUGAAGCGUCUUCAUGGCCAUUCUCAAACUUUGUUCAGUCAGCAAUUGGUGUUCUUGGACUUUACUAUUUUGGGAUGCAUAAUAAAAAUGUUAAGUAAUUACAAUUGUUGCUUAACAAAAUAUGUUAGUGAAUACUUUGUACAAGUAUUAUAAUACAAUUAUCCAAAAAUGUUAAUGAAAUACUGAAUAUAUGAUUACAUUUUUCUUCCAAAACAA